CUGACCAAAGUAAAAACAAGGAAAUAACCUUGGAAGAGAGAAAAAAAAAAAAACAGGAUCGAAAGGACGUCUACUGGGAUAACAACAUGAUGCAGUCAUUUAUUAGACAUAACUGAACGAGUUUAUUUGAACGGACGCGCACAUUUUCUUGGAAUCGUUGCUAGGAAUUAGAUGGAUAAAUUAGGAGACUGUGUCAGGUCGUAUGUGUUUUGAGUCUAUGUUACAAUUUUAUAAAUCUGAUAGGUUAUGUCAGAGCACAAAGCCGUGCAUCUGCUUCAUCUAGAGCGCCCGCCCCAUUGAGGCUUUCUGCGGAGCGAUGGUGAGAGAUCUAUUAUAGUCUCCGGGAUUUGCCGUGGAAAAAAGCCAGAGAAAGAGCUGAUCUCCGAUCAGCGAAGAGGACUUAUCCCAGACUCCUUCGCACUCCCUACAUCCCUCAAGACGCUCUUUGAGUCCUUUUUAUGUUUUGGAUCAGGGAUCCAAAAUACGCACAAGUCACGCCGGACUUCUUUUUUAAAUUAUUAUUCUAAGGAAGCUGCUGGUGUGUGUGCGCGUGUAUGUGUGUGUUGGAGGGGGGGUCGCCUCCGCAGUCUCGGAUGCGUAGUAAGCGGGAGAGUGGGUUGGGUCGCCUUGGAGCCAAGCACACGCACACGUCGUCAGCGAUGAAAAGCGUAUAGGUGAGGGUGAGGGCGAGGGGAAUACGCGUCACCAGAAGCUUGCGUGUUGUUGGGGGAAGAAAGUCGCACACCGGACUCGCCGGCUCUGGAUUAUAGACUCUGCCGUCCAGACACCCCCCUCAGCAGGUUCUUGUGGGAUCCGUACACCUUUCUUCAUCUCUCUGAUCCAGGAUCAGCGAUAGUGGCUACGCUGCCUCGACCGUUGCAUACUCAUCUAAAAAAAAGGGGGCGAUUUGGUGGUGAUUCCGCGGACCAACACAUACAAUGGCAACCGGUGCGCUCCUGCUCGCCUGUGCGCUGCUUGCAGGCGUUGCAGUUGCUCAGAGGGUUGUGACAGUCCAGAGUGGACCCCUGGUCCGGACAGAAGGUUCCCAUGUGACCAUCUGGUGCAACGUGACAGGCUACAAAGAUGGUGUGAAACAGGACUUUGACUGGUCCAUGUACCUACCGUCAGUACCAGAACGUGAGAUCCGGAUUGUAAGCACAGCCCAGUCAGACUAUGCUUAUGCUGUGUAUGCCCAGAGGGUGAACAGUAAAGAGAUUUUUGUGGAGAGGCUGAGUGAUGACUCAGCGGUUCUUCACAUCACCAAAGUGCAGGCCAGGGACCAAGGUGUGUUUGAGUGUUACACCCCCAACACAGACGGACGGUACCUGGGAUCCUACAGCGCGCGCACCAACCUCACCGUGAUCCCUGACUCGUUGACAGUAACAGCUCCUCCCCAGACUCUGUCCAAAGUGGAGGGUGACACAUUACAGCUCAACUGUGAGGUGUCUCGAACCACAAUGCAGCAUACACACCUGUCGGUCGGUUGGUACCUCCGGUCCCCUGAGGAUGCGACUGCCCCACCUCAGGAGCUGGUCACUCUGUCCAGGGACUUUGUUCUACGCUCUGGAGGACCUUAUCGGCAGAGGAUGGCAGCGGGAGAUCUCAGGUUGGAUAAAACCAGUGCCACAUCCUACAGAUUGACCAUUCACAAGCUCCAGCCAGUAGACCAGGGGCUGCUAUACUGUCAGGCAGUCGAGUGGAUUCAGGAUCCAGAUGGAAGCUGGUUCGCAAUGACACGCAAGCAGAGUGAAAAAACACAGCUCCGCAUACAACCGACUGAUCGAGACUUCAGCAUCCAGGUGAGCACGGAGCGGCGGUCCUUCAUGGCCGGUGAGUCGCUGGAGCUUCGCUGCACCAUAGAGGCGCAAAACGUCCCCGAGCGUUUCUUCUCGGUGUCGUGGGUUUUCAGCAGCUCACCGGUGGCCGUGGUGGGCCCCAGUGCCGUGCCUGUCCUGGGCCCUGGUUACGUUGCCCGUGAGGCAGCCGGACUCGUCACCGUGCGCAAAGAGUCUCCCAAUAUCCACCUGCUGAAGCUCCAUCGCUUGAGUACAGAAGACGCCGGAAAGUACAUCUGCCGCGUUACGGAGCGGGAAAAGACACCAACGGGAGACUUCAUUGAUCGCAGCAAACGGUCGCGCAAUGUCCAGAUCACAGUUCAACCACUCAAGAACAACACCACAGUGUCGCUAUCUGCUAACUCCUCUGAAGUCCUCGAAGGAGACCCCAUCCAGUUGAUGUGCUCAGUCAGCUCUGCUAUUGCCCCGCUGACUGUCGUAUGGCAGUGGACAGGCAGGCAAUCAGCCGGACCGAUCCAGGAAGUAGCCUCUGUGGAUCGGGACGGUACUGUUACUCAUGGACCCAGCUACAGAGAGCGCUCCGGUUAUGGGGAAAUUCGUGUUGAGAGGGUGCGUGCUGACAUUUUCUCCCUAUCCCUCUACAAUGCUUUACCUGGAGAUGAGGGUCAGUACCGCUGCUCAGCAACCCAGUGGAUUAACAUUGGCACCGAAACAGACCCAAACUGGGAGAAGCUUGGCGAGCAAUCAGCCACCAAAACAGUCACAGUAAAGACUGUUGAGUCUUCAUUUAUGGUGUCGGCCUCAUCGCGGACGCCAUCGAUCUCCUUUGGAGAUUCCUUUGACCUCCUUUGUCUGGUCAAGCCUCGCCACAACCCCAGGGUCCCCACAUCGGUCACCUGGCGUUUCAUGCCAACUGGUGCUCAAGAUGACGAUCAGGGAGAGUUCAAGGACCUAGUGACGUUCACUCGCGAAGGCACCCUGCAAUGGGGAGAACAACUGCUUGGUUUGGGCACUCGCACCACUGUGGACCGCUCACACUCCAACACCAACUUCCGAUUGUCUGUGACCCGCGCAGGGCGCCGCGAGGCUGGCAAGUAUCAGUGUACUGCCAUCCUGUGGAGGAAGAACUAUGACAACAGCUGGAGCAGAGUGGCUAACCGCACCUCCAACCUUCUGGGCAUCAAUGUCCUUCAGCCAGAGAGUAGGCUAAAGGUGCAAAAGAACAACCAGUCUUUGGUGUACCAGGAGGACAGCAGGGUCAGGAUCAAUUGCUCAAUCACCUCCCAGACCAGCCAGGACUCCCAACAUGCUGUGCUAUGGUACAUAAGACGGGCAGCGGGGUCAGAAACCGAUGAACUCCUGCUGAGGAUUGAACGUACAGGGGCCUUUGAGUACGGCGCCUACGCAGACGAAGAGAGACUGAGGCGGCGGGUCCAGGCAGAGAGGCUCUCACCUCGCCUCUAUGCACUGACUCUGAACAGGGCAGAGAGCAGUGAUUCUGGGACAUAUUACUGCUUGGUGGAGGAGUGGCUGAGUGACCCAGAUGGAGCCUGGUAUCGACUCUCCCGGGAUACCUCAGGCUACACCAGGGUUCUUGUCAAACAACCAGAGCCUCAACUACGUGUUGAUGAGCUUGAGAAUAACGUGACAGUGGAGGCGUCCAACUCAAUUCGACUGGGCUGCAAUAUUUUCAGCCAGUCGUCUCCCGACUCGCGCUUUUCUGUGUUCUGGUACGUGGAUCGCUCUGAUGACGAGGACAUCGAGGACCAGCCAGGGGAAGACGACGAUAAGCGGGACUGUGUGUUUUCCAUCGGCCAUGACGCCAUCUUUGGAAAUGGAAACUGCAGCCCCCCUGACGACAAUGGGCCCAAUUCCCGCUUUCAGUUUGAGAGGACUACUUCUGACCAGUACAGCCUGACCAUUCACGGAGCCCGGCCAGCAGACGCUGGUCGUUACUAUUGCCAUGUGGAGGAGUGGCUUCUCAACCCUCGCAAUGAAUGGUAUCGCCUUGCCACCAAUAAUUCUGGUGUCACCAUUGUCAAUGUACUGCAGCAAGUUUCCACCAUACAGUCAGUGGUGUGCUCCAACGAGUCCCUCUUCUAUUUCCUCUUCUUCUACCCUUUCCCCAUCUUUGGCAUCCUUCUCAUCGCGUUGCUGGUCGUGCGCUACAAAGGUCGCAACAACAACAAGAGCCAGGAGGGCAAGAAUGGCGCCCCCCUGCUGUGGAUUAAGGAGCCUCACCUCAGCUAUUCUCCCACCUGUCUGGACCCCCCAGCACUCAGCUUGCACCCCGGCUCGGUUGACUAAGCAAAGGAGUGUGUCGGACACACCCCGCCCUUUUUUCUGCCUCACGCACAUUGCGGACUCAGCUGACACAAUGCCAGGGAGCCUUUGUGGACUCCACCUUCAGACCUUACUGUUGUUCAAUGCCGUGUUGAAUUAUAGUCAAUGAGUUUUAAGAUUUCUACUCUGGCGGCUGUUUGUUUUUAUGUUGACGACUGUGUGUUUGUGUGUGUGGAUGUGCUGACACGGAUGGAUGUACCAUUUCAGCACAAUUAUUUGCGCGAGGGCAAACUCAAGGGCGAGAGAGUACCAUGAACCUCUCCCAGUUUCUGUAAAGCCUAAUCCCAUAGUUGCGUUUUGAUUUUUAUUACAAUAAAUAUUUAUCUAUUUUUCAAUAGAGAUGGAAGAAAAACUACAGAUAAGAUCGUUGGCCAGUCUCGGGAAGAAUAUUUAAGAGAGUGAACUCUACAGGCAACUCCAGCAUUAAACGGUAUGCAGAAAAGUCUUCAAACUGAUCCAAGUGCAGCCACAGCCUAGCCUACUAUGCUGGUUCCCAUAGCAAUGCUCUGCACCCACUGACUUCAUAGCCGCUGGCUCCGUUGCCAGGCUGCAAGGAGACAAAGGCUAGGACACACAAGUCUGUGUCCUGAGCGAGGAUGUGUGUUGGCCCACCUGCCUCCACAAUGGAUUCGCCUUGGCAGACUGAAACAAGUCCUGGUGUGCCACUUAAACACUGCCAGACACUCUGGCCCGAGUGAAAGACUGCCCCACUCGUCUUCUCCACCCUUCUCUCCGAAAAGAGACGGCAAGGGAAAGUAAAGGAGGCUGAAAAUUAUGGGGAAUAAAUGAAAAGGUCUCUUUUACUGAAGAUGUGUGAACUUAAACGUAAGUGAUUUUCUUUUUUUUCUUUCAGUGCCAAGUGCUCCUUUUCAAUACUGUUGUCUGCAGCUAAUGUUUGAAGUUUUAAAAGGCAGUGGGGAAGCUGAUGGGUUCAGAGGCAGCCGAUUAAUAUGUCUGCAUACAUCCCGCUGUGGAUUUAUGGGCCUUGCUGGCUGUUAGAUCUUAAAUAAGUUCAACUUUUUUUGAUUAAAUUAACUGAGUUACUGAAUGAAAUUUAAUUUUUGCACCUUUUCCUUGGUUGCCCUGUAUAACCACUCCUUUUAUUUAUUUAUUUUUUAAUACAAAGGCCACAAUGAAGAUUAUUAAUGUGUAGUGUGGUAGGUGUAAUAUAACACAAAAAUGCUACCUGCACAUGAUUUGACAAGGAUAAAUGUUUAGUUUACAAUAUUUUGUAUUUAUUGUUCCAUACUUUUUUUUUUGCAUUGCUUUGUAAGACUUUCUCAUUUUUGCCUCUUUAUUUCUUAAAAAUGUGUGCAUUGAGCACAUUAUAUCAAUAGCCUGUGUGUUGAAAAUGUGGUAGAAGUAGAAAUGCUAGAUCCGUCCUGCGCGUUGCAGUUUGUAGCAUUUCAUUACCAGGCUGUCAGGUUUGUUCAGUGUCAGAACACUGUAUAUCUAUACAUAUAAUAUGCUGUGGCUUUAUGUGUACAGUAGUUGAACAAAUAAGUCACAAGAAUUGAUUCACUUAUACGCUUUUUUUGCUUGUUUAUUUAGUGAAAUGUGAUGUAACACCUAUGUAGGAUGUUUCAACUGAAACUUGAGAUGUGUUUGGGUUUUUUUUUAUUAUUAUUAGUCACGGAAGCUGGUUCCCACAUAACCGUGAUGUAAGGCAGGAGGGCUGGAAAAGCUGUGCCACCUUGUCAGCCCAGAGAGGUGAAUCCCUCUGCGUAACCCGUACACUGCCAGACUGGACACGAGAACUCUUGAAAAAAUCUGUCUCAGUUGUGUCAACAUGUAUAUUGCAUGACAAUAUUACAGGAGGAAUUUCGAUGUUUUGUAAAGUUUUGAACAUUUUAAGACUUGUGUUUUUGUGACAGAGCUGACGACCUUCCCCUUGCUCUCCUUCCUCCCGAACUUCCUGAGCCAAGAGUUGACACAGUGUCCGGUGCCCCUGGUCAUCUCCAAUAUUUGACUACUGGUCCAAGAUGCCCUUUGAACCUGUUUAAAUAGCUGAUUUUAAGGAUGGGUGUUGUGGAGACUGUGUUUGAUAUAAUUGCUCAUAACUGUCUUUUUAAUGCUUUGCUUUUAUGCAGCACUUCAUUAAACAGAUUUAUGUGAAAAAGA